GGAGCAAUGAUCAUUGAUUUACCAUUCUCCCCUUUAAGGAGCAUAUUAACUAAGCUAUUUGUAGGUACAGCCGUCAGUCCGAUGUGAUCCGUUGCGAUACCGAAAUGAGACGGUUAGUAGUAUGUGAGAUCUAUGUGUAUAUGUAAUACACGUAAGAGUGAGUGAGAUAAGUAUGUUUUGUUUUGUUUUGUUUUGUCUUGUCUUGUUUCUGAUGUCACUUUGUAUUUUCUUUUUCUUUCAGCUCGAAGCUUAAAUCUCGAGCCUCGAUACUCAACUUUUGGAUUUACUGGAAGCUUUCCAUCGAUACAGCGACUGUUGACUGUGAAUUGCUCAAAGUGGUUUAGUUAUCUACGAUAAAUUCGAACAACAUUUGAGAGUGUAUCAUAAGGUACCAGGCACAUAACAUAAAGUUUGUGUAGCUUGAGUUGAGGAAUACAACAAUCGCAUAUCCGAUCAUCAAAAUGCCCCUUCAUCCCCAAGACGAAGUGCAAUCUCAAUCUCUCUCCGAUCCCCAAGCCUUCUGGGCAGAGCAAGCUUCCCAUUUGCACUGGCAUAAACCACCAACUCAAAUCCUGACCGAGCAAACUAAGGCGCUGAAAUCAGGUACUUUGCAUAAACAUUGGGAAUGGUUUGGGGAUGGAGAAAUAAACACUUGUUAUAAUUGUGUGGAUAGACAUGUUUUGGCAGGAAAUGGAGAGGAAAUGGCAAUUAUAUGGGAUAGUCCUGUUACAGGAUGUAAGGAGAAGAUUAGCUAUGGGCAGUUGUUGAAGGAAGUGGAAGUUUUCGCGGGGGUUUUGAGAGAAGAGGGGGUGGGGAAGGGGGAUGUGGUUUUGGUUUAUAUGCCAAUGAUUCCCGCAGCUCUCAUAGGCAUCCUCGCAAUAUCUCGUCUCGGGGCUAUUCAUGCCGUCGUGUUUGGAGGAUUCGCACCAGCGAGUCUAGCGCAACGAAUAGAAGCUUCUAAACCAGUAGCCAUUCUCACAGCCUCUUGUGGAAUUGAUGGUACCAAGCCUCCUCUAUCUUAUCAACCAUUCAUCCGAGAAGCUAUUACACUUUCAUCCCAUAAACCCAACAAAACUAUCAUAUGGCAGCGCGAACAGCUAAGAUGGGAGAACCCCAAUAAGGAAAAUGGAGAGAGAAAUUGGCAAAGAUUAGUCAAAAGUGCUGGUUCCAGAGGAGUGAAAGCAGACUGUGUACCGAUAAAGAGUACAGAUGGUCUAUACAUUAUCUAUACAUCUGGAACAACAGGUUUACCUAAAGGUGUAUUACGAGAAGCGGGUGGUCAUGCGGUCGGUUUAAAUCUAUCUAUUCGAUAUAUAUUUGGUAUUCAUGGACCUGGAGAUGUAAUAUUUUCCGCAUCUGAUAUUGGGUGGGUAGUUGGCCACUCAUAUAUCUUAUACGCACCUCUUUUAGCUGGUGCCACGACUGUUCUUUUUGAAGGAAAACCAGUAGGAACACCAAAUGCGGGAACUUUUUGGAGGAUCAUUGAUGAAUAUAAAGUCAAUACCCUCUUCACAGCCCCAACAGCUCUUCGAGCUAUCCGUCGCGAUGAUCCGGAAAAUAAAAUGUUCAGGGAAAUUGGAGAAAAGGGUGGACUUAAGAAUUUCCGUGCGUUAUUUCUUGCUGGUGAAAGGAGCGAACCGAGUAUCGUCACCAUGUAUCAAGAGCUUCUCGGAAAGUAUGCGGCAAAGGGUGCUAAUGUAAUUGAUAAUUGGUGGUCAUCUGAAUCAGGAAGUCCCAUGACCGGAAUUGCACUUUCACCUAAGAGCGCAUUAUCGCAUACUUCUACUCAUGAAAUCACACCAAUUCUUCCCAUUAAGCCUGGUAGUGCUGGGAAGCCUCUCCCGGGCUUCGAUAUACGCAUCGUAGAUGAUAACGGCAAGGAAGUCCCACGCGGGACAAUGGGAAAUAUAGUCCUUGGGAUUCCUUUGGCACCUACUGGGUUCAGAACCCUAUGGAAUGAUGAAGAAAGAUUCUACAAGGGAUAUAUGAAGCGAUUUGAUGGGAAAUGGAUUGAUACGGGAGAUGCAGGUGUCAUAGAUGAAGGGGGCUGGGUGAGUGUUAUGAGUCGAAGUGAUGAUAUUAUUAAUGUGGCAGCUCAUCGUUUUAGUACUGGUGCAAUCGAACAAGCAAUCUCAACACAUCCACUCAUAACCGAAUGCUGCGUAGUUGGUAUUCCCGAUCCUCUUAAAGGACAUAUGCCAUUUGCAUUCAUAACACUUUCUACGCCUACUCAUCCAACAUCUGCAAUUCCAAAUAUAGAUUUGGAGAAAGAUAUUCAGGGACUAGUGAGGAAACAAAUCGGGGCGAUUGCUAGUCUAGGGGGGAUCAUUCAGGGGAGAAACAUGAUCCCUAAAACGCGGAGUGGUAAAACUUUGAGGAGAGUUUUGAGGGAAUUGUUGGAGAAUGAAUAUCAUGGUGAUGGAGGAAAGAGUGUUAAUGUUCCAGCGACGAUUGAAGAUGAGAGUGUAAUUGAGGUUGCAAGAGAGAAAGUUCGAGAGUACUUUGAGAUUAAGAGGAGAGGGGACGGAAGAGCUGGGAAGGGAAUUGAGAAGGCGAAGUUAUAGGGGUUUACUUGAUAAUCGUAUUAUCGUGUUUAUUAAAUGGGUUUAGAUGCGGUUAAUAGUUAAUAGUUGUGGAAUAAUGAGAUGUAAUUUAUACAGUUGCUUUCCACCUGCAGUGUAGAGAAUGAACUGGGAAUUGCA